UUUCAAUAACACACUAUAAUUUUCUCAGAUGAAGAGGUGAUUGGACAGCUCUUACAGAAAUUUUUAAUUACUGUCAUUAGUGGCUGCAAUAUUUUUUUCCUAUGGAUCUAAGAUGUGUUACUGCAUUGUACUGUGGGUACUCUGUGGCUACAAGAAUCCAAACUCUCCCUUUCCUCCUAAAUGUUUGCAUCUAUAAACACGUGUCACUGUGCCAGUCUCAUCACAACAAAUACUAGCAUCACACAUUAAUUAACUCAUGUAUUCACAUGCUAUUUUAGGCAGGUGUGGUGGUACAUCUCCACCCUUGGGCCAUACUGUGAUUUCAGAAAUACUCAUUAAGCCUUGGCCUUGACAAGCCCCACCUGGGCUAAGCUCUUCUUGAGCUUAUCAGAAACACUGCCUGCUUGUAGGAAUUUAUGCUUUCUAGUGAGGCUGUUUUUUAACAAACAGCCUUGAAAACUGAUUAUUCUUGCCUGAAUAAAAAUCCAAGUGGAACAAGAUUUUUGUCACCACACUUUUAAAGAAAAUUACCCACCCAAAUUUUGGCCAGGAUGGAAAAUUACUGUGACUAAAGCCAACUCUUUUGUGACCCUCUAAAGAGCAGUCCUAAGUGAGACCCUUUGAGCCCUCCUGGGCUGCAGCACCUCCCCCUGAGGUGCCUCUCAGAGCCAGCCAACUCUCAUGUUUGCCAUACCUGGGGACCACUGCUGAUCCAACAGUGGAGCCUGGGCUACCCCCAUUCCUCAAGACUCAACCCUUUGCCCACUGAGAAGAUGCAGAGAGAAAGAUGUGAGUACUUUGAUGAAUUCAAAGGGAAUUUUUCAAAUGUAUAUACCUCGUAUGUAGUCCUUUGGGUCUGUGUGUGAGUAGGCUAUAGUAAAAUGUACUAUGAAUGUUGUUCUCCUAGAUUCUUAAGUACUUUAAAUUUGUAAGUAAGUUAGGCCUAUUACUGAGUUACUGUUAUGCUAAUUCUAUAAGAAUCUUUUGUUAAAUUGCUUACAUUAAGCUGUCAAUUAAGUGCUGUUAAGUUUAAGUGCCAUUAAAUCUUUUAGGCCAAAACCAUUUUUCAAGUAUGGGGCUAAGUUUGGCAAGGAAGUCCAUUCUGAACCUUGUGACUCGAUGGGAGGGUGUCCCUUAUUCUUUUUUAUCCUUACUCUUUCUCAGCCUUACCCUUUUUCCAGGUAGGUAAUUUUUGGUUGAUUUUAGUUUUAGAUUGAUUUUAGACUUCAGUAUAAUUUUUCCCUGUGUGCUCUAACCAUCUAGUAAGUAGCAGAGUAAAACAUUGCCAGUGAACUUUGUCAUGCUUUCACCUUUGUAUUAAACAUACUUUGGCUGAUACCUCUGCCAGGGAUUCUUUGAGUGCCCUAAAACACUCAUUCAUGACAGCAAGUAAAAAUGUAUUGCUUCAAUUAAAAAAUAAAAAAAAAAGGGGGAAAGGAGCAUAAAGAGUGUUGAGUGUAGUUAAGAUAGGAAGUGUGUAGGAGAGCCAGGGACAGGGCAGCAGGAGUCCUGCCUCCAGAGAAAGAAGCUGUGCUACAAUGCCAACAGCCAAAAUCCGUGGGGUGACACUGAGGACAGCACUUGUCCUUUGUCCCAGCAGACCAAAGGUCACACCUAUUGUUUCUGACAAUGGAGCUAUUGUUGGAGGUCCAUGUUCUUGCUGCUGCUUGAAGCUCCUAACAUGUAAACAACUUUGCUUCCCCCCAGAUAAAUGCAGAAAGUGUUGCACACUCAAUCUACUGCAUUUCCCUCCAUGAUUCCAGCCUAUUCCCCUAGCAGGUCUUCCAAGGGCUGCUACCACUUAGUGACAGCUCAUUUCAAAGACAGAUGAGACCAUAACAGAUUAUUUUCUUGAAAACACCUGAUAAAAUACUCCAGAUGAUCUUUGCUCUGAGGGAAGAGCUUGCUGGUAGCACAAGACAGGCUAUGCAGGACCCUGACUGGGGGAUUGAACAGGCAGGGAUGUUUUCCUCCACUCACAUUAGCCCAAUUUAAAUGUGGCUGAAAAUGCAAUGUUCACCUUUGAGUUCAGCUUUGCAUGUCUUCAGCUACUGUUAAUAGCUAGAUGAAAGACAGUUGUGCUGCCUGUGCCUUGACAAACACAGAAAAACUUUUUCCAUCAUGGUAAAUCUGGUAAGUUUGUUGUGUCCAUCCACCCAGGGCACCUGGGCCCUGCAGGGCAGAGCAGGAGCAUGCAGGCCAUGAAGGUGAAAAUAGGGGAAAUCACAAUGCCACAGGUCACAACAACCAUCUCCUGAGUUACACACCUUCAUUUUCUGGUACCCUUGCUGUGUGCUGUAGGAAGGGAAGCCACUGCCCUUCACAUACAUCCCAUUUCUCUUUUCCCUGUCCUGAGCUCUUCUUCUGAGUCAUCUGUAAAAUAUGUGAGCUGAUAUACAAAAUUUUCAAUAAAAUAAUUAUUUUUCACAUAUUAAAAAAAACCUGACAACACAGUUUAUGAAAUGUCCUGUCUGGAUUCCCCCCAAAGUCUCUGCUCUGGCCAAUUAAUUUGAAAGCCAUUUGACUACAUAUGCAGUUUGAAGAUUUGAAGAAUGCAUUAGGCAUUAAAUGGACAAGUAACUGCCGUCUGAAGUUCUGCUUUAGCUAGUGCCAUCAGCACUCCAUAACAUUUCAUAUGAUGCUCUUGAAAGCUGUGAAGGUUGACUACUUCUCUAGCAAAAUUCUGAUAAUUGUGAUUCAAGAUAUUAAGGGCUUUUACUGUUCAUAAACUGAAUCUCUCCUUCCAUGUAAGUAAUCUAGUAUUUGUAGAUUUCCUUUUCUGAAAGAAGUAAAAGUACAUCAAAUUUCAAAAAACAUUCCCCCUCUUCCCAACGGAGCUGUCUUGUCUGGAAGCCAGGUGGGUGGCAAUCCUCCACUAAUGUGGUUUAGAGGAAUAGAGCGUGGUCUGGUCUCUGGAGAACUGGUUUAGUUCAUCUGCUUUUGUGUGUGCUGAGAGGCCAGCAGGGCAGGUAAGUCUGUAAUUAUGGGCUUAUUGAAAAUGGAGAUUCUUUUACACGACAGGUUGCAGCACGUGCAGGAAGAAUAAUGCCCACAGAAAAUAGAACACCUCCGUGAGGGCUCUUGUACCCUAUUGUGCUGUAGGCUAUUUACAGGCUUUGGCUCAGAGAUGAUUCCUGGUUUGCCUUACACGGGCACAGGUUUGCACGGCCCGCGGCCUCCUCCCUCCCGCUGAUUGCAGCGGGACUCGCUGCUGCCAGGGAGGCACCUGGAAAUGCUGGGCAGCAACAGUUGCACUGUGUCGAGCCCUGCUCCAACCGCAGCAUAAACAGAGGAUUAUAGCAAACACCAGGGCCACAAAUCCCAUACAGCUUCUUCAGGGCUUCUCCCGUUACCAUUGCUGCCAAAUACCACGUAGCAGUUAUUUUGCUGUGUUUAACGGCUGUACUUGAUUGAAUGUGCUAUUAUACAUGUUACCAAAAAUGGUUUAAAAUGACUGAUCUAUUUUCUUCUGGCCUGUCUUCAAAUAGUAUUGUGAUUGCAGAGGGCAAGGCAGCCAACUUCUUUGUAAAAUUCUGUUGAACUGCUGUUACCCGAGGAGCAGCGGCGUCACCCCGAGUCUCACUCCUAGCGCUGAUCCGCGGGGCCCUGCGUCGUUCAGGAAGGAGAAACUUCACAACCUUUCGGAAUACGAAACUGAUUCCCAUGGAAACAUCCUCAUCCUCUGAUGACAGUUGUGACAGUUUUGGUUCUGAUAAUUUUGCAUAUACAAAAUGCAAAUUUAGGUCAGAUAUUAAAGAAGAACUGGCAAAAAUUUUUCAUGAAGCCUCUGAUGAUGAAUCUUUCUGUGGCUUUUCAGAAAAUGAGGUUCAAGAUGCAUUGAAAUUGGAAUCAGAUUCAGAUGAGAAUGAUGCAAGUGCUGAAAGUGAGAUCGAUCAGAGACGGCAGAAAUGCUCUGUUCCUCUGAAAGUAGCCAUGAAGUUUCCACCUCGAAGAUCAGAGAGGAGGAAGGGUGGCAUGGAACCUGUUCCUGAAACACCGAUGCCUGCUCUAGAUUCAGACUCUGACACUGAAGAAAAUGGUGCUAUGUUUUUAGAAAAAAGAGCUUUAAACAUAAAGGAAAACAAAGCAAUGCUUGCAAAACUAAUGGCUGAGUUGCAAAAUGUUUCUGGUAUCUUUGGUGGGAGAAAAUCGUUGCCAGCUGUCAGUCAUCAGGGACCAAAGCGACUUCCAAGGCGUUCACUGCCCAAAUGUGCCUUGAGGAGGAACCCAGACCGGAGUUCUCGGCCUCACACAAGGUCCAGGUCCUUGAUUGAAGGUCCUCCUACUCUUGUACCAGAAGAGGAAGAAGAUGACCCAUACAUCUUGGUGAGAAGAAGGAAGAUGUCUGAUGAAUACCUGGAGCAUGAAGCCCGUACUCCCAGGAGGGGUCACCGUGGUGCCAUGGCUUUUCCACACGUCGUGCGCCCAGUUGAGGACAUAACAGCAGAAGAGCUGGAUAAUAUCUGUGUAUCUGCAAGAGAAAAAGUAUAUAACAGGGCCAUGGGAUCCACCUGUCAUCAGUGUCGCCAAAAAACCAUAGACACCAAGACAACUUGCCGUAACCCUGACUGCGUAGGAGUGCGGGGCCAGUUCUGUGGGCCCUGCCUCCGCAACAGAUACGGGGAGGAUGUCAGAACAGCACUGCUGGACCCGACAUGGAGGUGCCCCCCAUGUCGUGGAAUCUGCAACUGUAGCUUCUGCAGACAGCGAGAUGGCCGAUGUGCCACAGGUGUCCUGGUCUAUCUGGCCAAGUACCACGGCUUUGACAAUGUCCAUGCCUACUUGAAAAGUCUGAAACAAGAACUUGGAAUGGAAGACUGAAGCUGUGACUGCCUUUAAAUUACAUAUUCUUUCACCAACAUAAUGUUAUUGCCUGCAAUGAAUUGUUAAAUCAAAUGAGAUUACAAAGUGCCUUCUCUGCUUCCCUUUCCUUUUGGGUAAAAAAGGAUAAAAACUUUUCAUUUAUUUCAGUAUAAAUCAUACUUGGGAAAGCUGUUUAAUGCAGGUCUUCACCCACAGGCCAUUGUUUUCUCUUUAGACAACUUUGCAAAUCAGAUAGCAUCAGUCCUUUUUAAAUUCUUUUUUUUUCUUCCUGAAAGGAGAUGGGCCUUUAAGCCAUCAGUUUCACUCAUACAGCAAUCUAUGCUGCAGGUUUACUUAUCCUCCAAAAUUGGUUACAAAAAGAUAGAGAUGUUCUGAAAACUUGGGGUGGUUUUCUCCACAGAACAAAGCACACAACUUCUGCAGUACAGGCACUUCAUGAUCAAAUGGAAUUGUAGAAUUCUCUGAAACAACAGCAUGGUCUUAAGUUUAAAAAGGAAGCUCUGUUAAGUCGCAGCUGAGCAGUCUCCAAGCACUAAUAUUUGGUUUUAUAGAUUUCUAAAAGUUCACACUUUCAGAAAUCUAUAAAAUAAUUUCAAGGGAGAUUCUCUGAAUUAAAAAAUGUGGUUUGACGUUUGCUAUGGCACUUUGUGUUUUUGCUCAGAUGGGAGAAGGCCACUGCUGAAAGCUUCCACAGCACUAGCAUUGCCUACUGGUGACAGUGAUGGGAAUGUACUGGUAUACAUUGUGUAGUGACCACUGUCUAAAACAGAAUGUUCCAUGUGUUAAAUUACUGUCUUGGUGUACUCUCUUUUCCCUGUUGCUGCUGCAGCUGCAGAACUGCUUUGCAGAGUCAGCAGUGGUCCUGGGGAAGAGGGAUACCUCCAGACCAGGGCUUGGUCAAGUAGAGGGGUGGCAGUUCGUGUGGCUGUUGGCCAUCAUUGAGUGGAGGAAAGGUGGUAACUUGUUUAAUUUGCUUAUCAGGAAAACAGGCAAUGAAUGUUUCUGGCUCUUUGUGAUUGUGGGAGGUUCUUUCACAUGACAUUUGUGAAAUGUAAGUACAGCAGAAACAGAGCUGAAGAAUUCUGAUACGCCGAGCACAUAGGGGUCUCCUGUACUCUGUUGUAAAAAAGAAGGUGCUGUGAAAGUUACAUCCAGAGAACCAUAAAGCAUGUAAAUGUGCUUAGUUUUGUUAUGGAAACUACUGUGUAAGCUUUGUAUAAGAUUUAGAAUGUAAUGCUAUAAAUAAUGUACAAUUGAAUAGUAGAAGAAGCACCAUGGGUUUACACUUCUGUGCCUGUGCAGUAUUUGCACUGUGUGUAUACAAAAUGAUCCACAGUUCAUACCUUUCUGGGAAUUGCAUCAGUGUGUGUGUGGGAGGGGAGGAGAGAGGAAUUUAGAAACAACAGAUAUUUAUGUCUGAGACUUGCAGUUCUGUUUCGUAAAUCAUCUCUCCUAUUGAAAAUCUCUUGUCCUCUCUUUGUCUGUUUUUAUAGUGUGAAUAGCUGUGCAAUCUGAGAUGUGGAGAGUGCUCUUCCCUCUAGGUACAUUUUGUGAAGAAGGAACUCAUUUUAGAAAUACAUGUUCUGACAGAUAAAAGUGGUUGGGUUUUUUUUUUCCUCCUAAUUGCUUGGCUUGCCUUCUGAUUGCUAGAGUGUGAAAGUACUGUGCUAAAAGCAGACCCUUGUGUUAUAUUACAGAGACUGCUGUAUUUAGAUUUCCUCCGAUCUACACUGUUCUGUACAAAAUUCUUUAUUUUGAAAAUAAAAAUUUUCAGUUUUAGAAUA